AUGGAUCAUACUGGUGAACAGAAUAUCCAAUCGGUAAAGAGUUAUGAAUUUACGCCAAUUGGUUAUAUAAAGGAGAAACAAAAUAAUGGUGCUAGUAAGAGACCUAAUGAAUCGCCAAUUAAGGAAUCCAUGCAAGAUACUUUUAGAAAUGAGAGUCCUCCAAGGAAAGUUAGAAGGACAAGUAUUGAUGAUGCGAUGAAUUCCAGGAUGUUUAAUGAUUCUAUGCAAUUCGAUGAUACUUUGCCAGAACUGGAUGUCAAUUUGCAGAGUAGUAAAUUGACAUCAAUAAAUAUGAAUAAAAAAAAUUUAAUAAAAGAAUUAAAAGAAAAUUCAAAUGCUUCAAAUCCUUUAAAAGAACAACAAGAACAGUUAAGUAAACUGACAACGGAAAAUUAUAAUUUGAAAUUGAAAUGUAAUUCAUUGUUAAAAGUAUUAAAUAACGUAACUGAUCAGGGUGAAUUAAGGAAAAGUUUAGAAUUUUUAGAUGAAAUUGAAGAAUGGAAAUCUAAAUAUUCAACUGCCAAUAGUGAAUUUAAUCUUUUAAAGAUAAAGUAUGAUGAUUUAGUAAUAAAGUUUCGCAAUUUAGAAUCAAAAGUAGACGAACAAGAAUCAGAAGUUGAAGAUCAUACAAGAUGCAUUAUUGAACGUGACAAUUUGCAAAAUAAGAUUGAUAAGUUGUCUGAAGAAUUAGGGACUUUGAAUGAUAAACUUGACACAAUAACGAAAGAAUUGAUAGCAAAAGAUGAAUUGAUAGCUUCAAAUGAAGAAGACAUUAAACAACUAAAUAGUCACAUUGAUACUUUAAAAAAUACAAUUAGAGGUUUGGAAGAAACAAUUAUUGAAAAAGAUGAUAAUCUGAAGAAACAGAAAGAUGAAAUUAAAACUUUGAACAAUAAUUUAAAUGAUUCAGAUCAUUUAGGUAGUGAAUUUUUAUUGUUACAAAAUAAAUUGAAAGAAAAAAAUUCUCAAAUUAGUGUACUAGAGAAUAAUUUAAUUGACUCAAAAAAUACAGCAACUGAAUUGAAAACCAGAUUGGAAAAUCUACAGAAGGAAUACGAUGAUAAAUUGAGAGAAAAAAUAAACCAAAUACACAAACUAGAUGAUAACAUUAAACAACUGAAAUCUGAACGAGACUCUAAAUAUGUAUCUCUUGAUACAAAUGAUAAGGUUAGAAAAGAUUUUGAGCGAAUGAGAGAAAACAAUGCUAAUUUAGAUUCUAAGCUAUCACAAAUAUCUAAUGAAAAUAAACUAUUUAGAGAUAAAAUUUCCAAGCUCUCCAAUCAAUUGGAUGAUACCAAAAGGGAAAGAGACAAUCAAGUUGAAUUGAUGAAGAGAAGAAUUGAUGAAAUCAUAACUAAUAAUAAUAGGGAAAAUAGUAUUGCCGCUGAUAAAUCCGAAGAAAUUAGAGAGAAACAGGAAGCUCAUAUUAAUGAAUUACAAAGAAAAUUAAAUGAUACAUUGAAAGUACAGACUUUAUCAAUUUCAACUGUAGAAGAUAAAUUUAAAGCUGAAAUACUAAAAACAAAGAAGGAGUUGGAAGAAAAUGCCCAAAAACUUCAGAAAUCAGAAGAGUUAGUAAAAGAAUUAAAAAGACAAGUAAUAGAAAAUACUACCAAUGCGUCAGAGAGAAAUUCAAAAAGAUUAGAGACAAAAGACAAAGAAAUCAAUUUACUUAAGAAUGAUAUUAUCGAAUUAAAGAAUAAAAUCAACAGUUUAGAAAAGGACUCUAAGCUUGAAGACAAUAAUCUGAGAGAAUAUUAUACCAAUAAAAUAAGGCAAAUUGAGGAAGAAUCUUUAAAUGAAAAAGUUAAGUUAGAAAGAGAAAUCUUCAUGCUUAAAUCCGAAAGAGAUACUCUAAUAGAGUCCAAUAAACACGAUAUUAACUUCUGGAAAUCAAAGUGUAAUUCUCUAGAGAAACAAAAUGAAGCUCUAUUGAGUCAAGAAAAUGAGGGUUUCUCAUCAGUAAAUUUGAAGCUGAAUCAAAGAUUAAAGGAACUGGAUGAACUAUUGAAUCAAAAUAAUACAUUGAAAAAGGAUAAUAUGGAACUAACGAGAAAACUUUCCAAAUCACAAAUUUUAAAUGAAGAAUAUAAAGUGGAAUUGAGGAAGGCGGUUGCUGAUCUAGACAUGGCAACUAAAGAAUAUCAAAAAUCUAAGGAUUUUACUAAGAUACGAGGCAGCGAUGACAGUAAUUUUGAACUUGAUAAUAUGAGAAAGAAUUUACUAAUCAUGAAAACUAAGUACAAUAAUAUCAAAAAAGAUUAUUUAACCAAAUUAUCCGAAUUACAAGAAGAAAAUUUACAAUUAGAGAAGAAGUUAUCGAUGAAUCAACCGACAUCAAGAUCAUCUGACAAUGCUGCUGCUGUGCAACAAGAUAGAAUUGAUUAUUACCGAUUAAAAUAUCAUAAUGAAGUAAAAUCAAAUAAUGAUUUGAAGGUAAUGAACGAAUAUCUAAACCGUGUUCUAAUGGCAGGGUCUCAGCAAAUACGUUUGGAUCUUUUGAAACUAAAAGAGGAGAUGAAUUUGAAUGAUUAUAAUUAUUCUAACUUUCCUAAUAGAGAUUACUACAACAGUAGAAAUCCAUAUGAAAGCGCAUAUGAUUUCAGGUUUGUCAAUAAUUCGCACAACAUAUUUGAAAAUCGUCACCGUAAGAAGUUUAAAACAAUAGCAUUAUUAGUUAAGGCAUGUGUUAGGAUGAAGAAUACAGCUAUAAAACGUAGAUGGGACGAACAACGUAUCAACUAUUUACAGAGGAAAAUAGCUGUUGAUGACAAUCGCAUUACUUGGUGA